CAUUCAUAUGCAAAUGAGGCGCUAUAAAUACUUACAACAACUACUCAGCGCCAACAGCACGUCUCGCUAGGAUUGCACAAUAAACGCGUGGUGCUGCGCCUGUAGUUUAUAGAUUCUCUCUGAACGGGUCCGUUUGCCAGCUGCUCUGCUUACCGGACCGGAGAACUAGCACAGUGGAAUACAAAACGGCUAUCUCUGCACCGCUCGGGCUCCAAACAACAUGGCCCCCUCGGCUCGACCCAACAAGAACGGACUCUGCUUGGAUGAGGAUGAAUACUAUGGAGUGAAUAAAGGAGACAGAAAGACAAGAAAACCUUUGGUGGAGAAGAAGAGGCGUGCUCGCAUCAACGAGAGUUUGCAGGAGCUCCGGACUAUGCUUACCGAGACUGACCUUCAGUCCAAGAUGGAGAACGCAGAGGUUCUGGAGAUGACAGUGAAGAGAGUGGAACACAUUCUAAAAAAUCGUACUCAAGAGACGGAAUCAUUGAACCGAGAAGCCAGUGAGAGAUUCGCGGCUGGCUACAUCCAAUGCAUGCACGAGGUCCAUAUGUUCGUGUCUAACUGUCCCGGGAUAGAUGCAACGGUCGCAGCAGAGCUCCUCAACCAUCUGUUAGAGUGCAUGCCCCUUAACGAGGAACACUUUCAGGACAUGUUCAUGGAUUUAAUAUCGGAUACCUCAAGUAACAAUGGCAGCACUUGGCCGAUUAGGGAGGCGCUAUGCGCUGCGCUGGCAUCACCCGGAGGCAGGAGUAUAGGCGGCCUGUCCUCGGUCCUCUCUCCCGCCCCCUCCUCCAUCGAGGACCUGUGCUCGGACUUGGACGACACCGACAGCGAGCACAACCAGAGUGCCAGUGAGCCUUCGCAGAACCAAGAGGCCCAGAACAUACCUACUAUCACCUACUCCAAAUCCAUGUGGAGGCCUUGGUAGUAUAGCCCGUAUUAAGUCAAAUCGCUACUUUGGGGAUUUAUGAUAAUAGUUUUGAGUCUGCCUGGGUGACCUACCUGGAGAGCGCGUGAACAUUGUCAACGGAUAUUCACUUACUUUGCGCAAUGGGGAGCUGGGGAGGUCUGUUGCUCGCUCAUCUUUGAUUUGUGUAAAUAUUUUAUAUGAGUAGAGAAGGAUUCACAUGGGGAAAAGCUCUUUUUAGACACCGAAAGAGUUCGGCUGCGCCUUAAUUAAAGUAUUUUUAUUUUCUGAUAAGUAAAAGGCCUAAAGGCCUAUAGUUUAUUUGUCCUGUAGAAAAAGAGAACUGAAGAGAACCGUCUACAGAACCACUUGCUGUAUUAAUGUGUAGAAAUGUUGUGUUUUUAUUUUGAAUUGGAUUAAUAAAAUAAUUUAAUGAAACGUA